CUAAUGAACUAAGCAUUUGUGUUAGAGAGCGCGCCAAUAGAAUAGUGGCGGGCGUCUUGUGUUUCGAACGGUGGCAGAGAAGUCACAAGUGACGUAAAACGUUCUAUCGAAUAGCAGACGAGCGCGUUCAAGACGCCCAAUCAGCGCAGGGCGGCGUUAUGGCUUAAAAAGGCCGCGUUCGAGCGCGCCGUUUAUUCUGUUUUUCUAUCCGUGAAGUGCAGAGCUCGACGCUAUGGCAAGAACCAAGCAGACCGCCCGAAAGUCUACCGGUGGCAAGGCGCCAAGGAAGCAGCUCGCCACUAAGGCUGCUCGCAAGAGUGCGCCGGCUACCGGCGGCGUGAAGAAGCCUCACCGUUACAGGCCCGGCACCGUGGCUCUGAGGGAGAUCCGCCGUUAUCAGAAGUCUACUGAGCUGCUCAUCCGCAAGCUGCCCUUCCAGCGCCUGGUGAGAGAAAUCGCUCAGGACUUCAAAACCGACUUGCGUUUCCAGAGCUCGGCCGUCAUGGCCCUGCAGGAGGCGAGCGAGGCAUACCUGGUCGGUCUGUUCGAGGACACCAAUCUGUGCGCUAUCCACGCCAAGAGAGUGACCAUCAUGCCCAAGGAUAUUCAGCUGGCCCGCCGUAUUCGCGGAGAACGCGCUUAAACCACAACUCCGUCUAAUAUACACAAAGGCUCUUUUAAGAGCCACUUCCUCGUCUCGGAAAACAGCAAAUUUUCUUUCUUGGGCAGUUUAAGUAUUAGAACGUGGUACAGAGAGAAGGAACAGUAAUAAUAAUGUGUGUUUAUAUCGAGAUAUAUAUUUAUUUGUGUGUGUAAAUGAAGUACACGGCUUUAUUUUUAUCAACAUUAGAAAGGUUGGUUAUUUAUUUUGCAUUUUCAUGAUAAAUAUAGUCCUAUGAGUAUUACGUAAUGUUUGGUUUUUUAUAGAUGAGCCGUUAAUUGUGGUUAUGUCCGAACAAUACAAUGCACAGUAAUGAGCUGUGUCUGUAAAAUAGCUCAAACCUACCUUCUGUUUCGGGCGGCGUUGUGCUGGAUGGAGCUUGACUGCCCCCGUGUGUCCAAACUCGGGAACGGCAAUUUUCUAGAAGCGGAUUUCUGGGCAAGAUGUCGAAGAAACGAACGGAAAAGUGACCACGGCCAUUAUACGACCAGAUGAAGAAACAAUGCCAAAAAAGAUAGGAAGUGAACGAAGAAAGAGCAUGCCACGGUGGGAUGAGAGCUGUACUGUAGCAAUUAAAAAUAGAAAUAAAGCUUUUAGGAAACUCGAAGCUCACCGUACACUGGAAACUUUGAUUAACUAUAAAAUGGCGCAUGCAGUAGGUAAGAAAACAAUCAGAUCAGCCAAACGUGUAUAUUGGAGACAAUUCUGCAAUAAAAUUGGAAGAGAAACCCAGCUAUCGGACAUAUGGAGAGCAAUUAGGAAAAUGAGUGGAAUAAGAAACUGUGUAAAUACCAGUGUUAAAU